UAAGCUCCUUAAAAAUAGGGACCAAUCUUAUUUAUCCUUUAUUCUUAGCACCCAGUAAAGAGACUCAAGUCAGGUAGGUGUUGUCAGUAAAUAUUUGGUGUUACGGUUUUCCUAUUCCAAUCCUGUCGUGUUGUGUCUGGGUCACUGUUAACAGUCUCCGCCCUGGCCUCCUGGGCUCUGUUCUCAACUGGCUGCAUCCUAACGCUGAUGUUCUUUCUGAAAGCUUUUCAUGUCACUUCCUUGCUUAAAUCCUAUGAUGACCUCCUUUGGACUACCUACCACAUUGUUUGUACUUAUCUGCUUGGUUUACAAGGCUCCUAGCAAUCUGGCCCUUUCCCAAAUAUCUACACCUUGAUUUUCCCAUGACAUCCCAUUCCCCCACAAAAAGAAAAGUAGUCUUGCAAAUGAACCUUCUCUCUUGGUUCUUGCUUCCUACCUAAAUCGGAAUACUCUUCCUUUUCCUUCUGCCAUGGAAGUCCCACCUGUCUCAUUCAGGAAUCUCCCUCUCACUGCCAGAGACUGCACUGGUUUUUCUUGGACUCUUACUUUGUGCACCAGAUAACUCAGCCCUUAGGUAUGUAGUCCUGGGCAACAUUCUCCUGACUCUAAAGUUAGGCUCCAUGAGAGCAGUCACCAGUUAAGACGUUUUUGGUUACAAGUAAGUGAAAAUCCAAUUCAAAUUGGUAUAAUCAGCAAAGGCUCACAGAACUGAAGCAUCCGGUAGUAGGGCUGCCUUCAGGCUGGGCUCAACACUGCUCCCAAGAACCCAUUUUCUUUAUGUCUCUCUUCUCUGUCUUUCUCUGGGAAUAGCUUCAGUGCCCCCCAAAAGGCUGUCAGAAGCUCCCAGAACUACAUACUUCCUUACUUAUGUAUAGGAGGAGAGAGAAAGUCUACAAUCCAGGAUCCCCAACACAUUCUCAGGAUUUCUUCUGAUUGGAGAGGUUCGGGAACAUGUCCAUGCCUGACCAGUUCCUGUGGCUGGGAGUGGGAUGUGCUGAUUGACAGACACACGUUCUACCAUCUGCCUGCUAAGCACAUGGAUCCUCAAACAGAAAGAGGAACUGGUGGUAGAGGGGAAUGGGGGUGGGAGAGACACCCACAAAUGUCCCUGAAUACUGUUUUGGUAUUCUCCACUAAACACAGGCGCCAGGCACUCAACUGUACAAUGACUGUCGGAUGCCUCAAAACACCAGCCUUUCCCAUGGAUACUCGAAUUAGGGCAGAAAUUAGACCUCUGUUCCUUUGGACCCCAGUGUCCACUCCCACCACCCCAAGUGGUCACUGCACCUCUGUUUCUCAAUAGAGUUCUGUUUGUUACAGACAAGCCUAUACCUUUGGCUAUUUGGUUUUAAACUAUGGACAAAUUCUAUCUUACAGUCCCUCCCUAGGGCAGCCGGUGGCCCCCACCACCCCAGCCUCCUGUGUGCUCAGGGAGGAGGCAGAUCAAUAGCCGUGAGUCUCUGUAGGGUCAGCUCCUUCCCUCACAGGACUCCCCUGGGAUCCACGAGGCCUUCCCAUCAGGACUUACUCUUCUGGUAGUGAAGUAGCCUGAGCUUUUGGGAAUUGAAGCUACAAUGACCUUCCUUUCUAAUAUCCCCUCUCCCCCUCUUCAAAGAGAAAGAUGGAGAAUAACCCCUUGCCCCCUCACCCUGCCCAUGCCUCCCAAGGCCCCCUGUCACCCCUCUGCACAUGCUCAGUACACUCAGCCCACAGCUUUCCUGCUGGCUUGCAUCCAUGGCAACCUGCUUGGCAACCAGGAGUCAGUUAGGCUGAGGCCCUGAGCCCCAACUGUCAGAAGGUGUGGAGGCUGAGGUGGAGGCAUUUGGGGCUGUGGGUGGUUUCUCCGAAGGCCAUGGAAUCCACUGCAGAGCCUGGGAUGCCUUUGCCCAAAUACUGCAGCGUGGCCACAACCCUGGAGGCCCCUGCCUGGACCAGCACUGCUUCUCCCUGGGACCUCUCUUUUACCUGCCCCUUUGCCCUCCGAGUACCGUGGCACAAUCCCCUCACCAGAUGUUCGUGUUAUCACCCGUAUCUCCACAGUGCAGACCCAGCAUGGCAGGGACCUGGCUGGCUGGGAGGAGUUAGAGGUGCUGCUGACACAUGGGUCUUGGCAAGAAGGGAACCAGAUGGCUUUUAUUACUGGGCUCGGAUAAAGGCUGCCCCAGAGCUGGAAAGGCAGGGGGCCCUUCUUGUGGAAUUUGAUGCUCCCCUUGUCACAGGCCCAAAGCUGCCAGCCCAGUGGCAGAGUGUGGUCUUAGGAGAAGAUGUCAUUCAGUUCUCGCCAUUCACGCAAUACUCACUGCAACCUGGAGACAAGGUGCUGGCACCCUGGGAGCCAGACCAGCAGCGGUAUGGUCCUGCCACUGUCUUAGGCUUGGAGGCGAGAGAACCGCAGAGAGCAUCAAAAGAAGAAGAAAUUACUGUUCACUUCUGGAACGGCAAGAUGGCUACAGUGCCUCUAGGUGGGGUCAGGUGGGUAUCCCCAGCUGUCUGGAAGAAGGCUGUGGAAAGGCUGCACAACCCUUUCAUCAGGGAGCACCCCAGUCCUCUCCUCUGGGCCCCUUGCUGCUCUCCGCUGGGGCCGGUCACUGGAUGUGUCACCUAUGGGCUUCCACUGGGCACCCCGUUCCUGUGCCCUCCCUGCCACCCCAACGUCUGCUGCCAGCUGCUGUGCCAGGGCGGUCUCUGCUGCUGCCCGUUGGCUGGAUCCACCUGGUGGCCUCUCACCAGAAGCUCCGGGGCCACAGCCAGAAGGUACCCAGAGGUGGAGCUGAAGCCCGUGGCACAGCUUUUGCCCCUAGAGGGGCCUAAAGAGGAGGAAGCCACAGUGCAAGCUCCCAUGGCUGUUUGUCCCUCCUCCUCCACUUCUCAAGAGGAGGAUUUGGAGAAGGAUCUGGAGAUGGGCUUCCCUCAGCGGCUGGUGGUGGACAGCACAGCCAACACGGACCCCAUGCUUCCUGGGACGUCUCUGAGGAGGCAGGGAGACCUCUGCCAGCCUGAGUGGAGGUAUUGGAGGAGCAACGGGCCUGAGCCGCGUCCUGGGAAGUCAGGAACUAGAGGCUGCAAUAUCCGGAAAGAAGAUACAGGCAACAAACGACAGAGACAACACACUGUCGUAGUGGGGAGCACCAAGGAGCUGGUGCUGGAAGCAGCCAACAGGAAGCCACUACAGAUCCUGCCAGAGGAAGCUGAACACGGGAAACUGAGUUGGUGUGCUACAGCAUGUCAGAGGGACUCGAAUUCCUCUUAGACUAACAGCCUAAGGAUCUAGGAAGCUGAAGAGUAGUGGUGGUAAAUACCUGAGGAGGAGUGACAAAGUGGCUGCCAGAGCCUUCUUCAGUGGAAGGAGGUGGAGUGUGGGCCACAGAUGAUAGUCAAAUAAGCAGCAGCAUCUUCACCCCGUUAAGACUUCCCUGCAGAUAGGCAGCAGGAAGGCACCUGCCGGACGGGUCACAGGCGUGCAGUGGCCCUGGCCAGGGCUCCUGCCAGGGGUCUGGUGAGAUCAGCUUGAGGAUGCCUUUUCCACAGAAGCUACAGGUUGUGGUCAGCCUGCUUUGGGCUAAUGUGACCACAGCCUCUCUGCCAUCUUUUCAUAAAGCCUACAGUUGUACAUGAAUGACAUUUUAUUGCUUUUAAUACCAAUAAAAAGAAAUUCUCUUUAUUUCCAAAUUGUUCCUUUUAUUAUCAUAAUUAACCUUUACUUGGAAAACCAGCAUUAAAAACUAUUCAGACAGCAUCAUUAUUUCAGGCAAAAGAGGGUGAGAGGACUUUCAUACUUUCAA